AGAGAGGAGGGCAGCAGAGGCGGCGGGAGCGCCGGGUGCCGGGCCGGGGGAGCCGCGGGCUCUCGGGAAGACACGGAUGAUGAACAAGCUGUACAUCGGGAACCUGAGCCCCGCCGUCACCGCCGACGACCUCCGGCAGCUCUUCGGGGACAGGAAGCUGCCCCUGGCGGGACAGGUCCUUCUCAAGUCCGGCUACGCCUUCGUGGACUACCCCGACCAGAACUGGGCCAUCCGCGCCAUCGAGACCCUCUCGGGUAAAGUGGAAUUGCAUGGGAAAAUCAUGGAAGUUGAUUACUCAGUCUCUAAAAAGCUAAGGAGCAGAAAAAUCCAAAUUCGAAACAUCCCGCCUCACCUGCAGUGGGAGGUGCUGGAUGGCCUGUUGGCCGAGUAUGGGACAGUGGAGAAUGUGGAACAAGUCAAUACAGAUACGGAAACUGCUGUUGUCAACGUCACCUAUACAACAAGAGAAGAAGCAAAGAUAGCAAUUGAGAAGCUAAGUGGGCAUCAGUUUGAGAACUACUCCUUCAAGAUUUCCUACAUCCCCGAUGAAGAGGUGAACUCCUCCUCACCCCCUCAGCGAGUCCAGCAUGGGGACCACUCUUCCCGGGAGCAAGGCCACAGCCCCAGGAACUCUUCUCAGGCCAGACAGAUUGAUUUCCCGCUGCGGAUCCUGGUCCCCACCCAGUUCGUUGGUGCCAUCAUCGGAAAGGAGGGCUUGACCAUAAAGAACAUCACCAAACAGACCCAGUCCCGGGUAGACAUCCACAGAAAGGAGAACUCUGGAGCCGCAGAGAAGCCUGUCACCAUCCAUGCCACCCCAGAAGGGACGUCUGAAGCAUGCCGCAUGAUCCUUGAGAUUAUGCAGAAAGAGGCUGAUGAGACCAAACUAGCUGAGGAGGUUCCUCUGAAAAUCUUGGCCCACAAUGGCUUGGUUGGAAGACUUAUUGGCAAAGAAGGCAGAAAUCUGAAGAAAAUUGAGCAUGAGACAGGGACCAAGAUAACCAUCUCAUCCUUACAGGAUUUGAGCAUAUAUAACCCCGAGAGAACCAUCACGGUGAAGGGUACCAUUGACGCUUGUGCCAAUGCUGAGAUAGAGAUCAUGAAGAAACUGCGCGAGGCCUUUGAAAACGACAUGCUGGCCGUUAAUCAACAAGCCAAUCUAAUCCCAGGGUUGAACCUCAGUGCACUUGGCAUCUUUUCAACAGGACUGUCCGUGCUCCCUCCACCAGCAGGGCCCCGUGGAGGUCCCCCCAGUGUCCCCUACCACCCGUUCGCUACCCACUCCGGAUACUUCUCCAGUCUGUACCCUCACCACCAUUUCGGCCCGUUCCCGCAUCAUCACUCUUACCCAGAGCAGGAGACUGUGAAUCUCUUCAUCCCAACCCAGGCUGUGGGUGCUAUCAUCGGGAAAAAGGGGGCGCACAUCAAACAGCUGGCUCGAUUUGCUGGAGCCUCCAUCAAGAUAGCUCCGGCAGAAGGUCCGGAUGUCAGUGAAAGGAUGGUCAUCAUCACCGGGCCACCUGAAGCCCAGUUCAAGGCUCAGGGACGGAUCUUUGGGAAGCUGAAAGAAGAAAAUUUCUUUAAUCCCAAAGAAGAGGUGAAGCUGGAAGCCCACAUCCGAGUUCCUUCGUCGACAGCUGGCCGGGUGAUCGGCAAAGGGGGGAAAACCGUAAACGAGCUGCAGAACUUGACCAGUGCAGAAGUUAUUGUGCCUCGUGACCAAACGCCAGAUGAAAAUGCGGAAGUGAUCGUCAGAAUUAUCGGGCAUUUUUUUGCUAGCCAGACUGCUCAACGCAAGAUCAGGGAAAUUGUCCAGCAGGUGAAGCAGCAGGAGCAGAAAUACCCUCAGGGAGUCGCCUCACAGCGCAGCAAGUGAGGCUCCCCAGGCGCCAGCAAACAACCGAUGAAUGUAACCCUCCCAACACCUGACAGACGAGACCAAACAGCCAGCAGAUCGGGAGCAAACCAAAGACCAUCCUGAGGAGUGAGAAGUCUGUAGAGCAGCCAGGGCCUGCAGACCCCCACACAUCCUGGGAUCCAGGAGGCCGAGGGAGGGCCGGGUUCCCCAGGAACACCACUUGACCUGCGCCCAGCUUCCCCUGGCUUCUGCAGGCUUACCAUCAUCCACUGCCCAUCCACUCAGCUCCCUCCUCAGCUCCCAGGACGCCGUCCCUUCCAGUUGAACUAACAUAGGUGAACAUGCUCAAAGCGAGGCAAACCUCCGUAGCCUUUUCUUCGUUGUGGAAAGUGUCUCUGUACAUGGCUGUACAUACUAGAAGGGGAAGAUGUUAAGAUAAUGUGGCCUGUGGGUUACACAGGGCGCCUGCAGCAUUAAUAUAUUUUAGAAAUAAUAUAUCAAGUAACCCAACUCACUCCAAUUUUUACUCAGUUAUUAAUUUUGUUUUCUGUUGAAGAGAAAGCAGGCUUUUCUACACUUCAAAGAAUAAAGUCUUGGUGAGGACCAUAGGUAGUGAAAGAAACUUUGAGCCACCCACACAAAAUUCACUUGGAGGGAAAUCUCGUCAAGGACACUUAAUGGCAGUUGUGGGUCACCUGUGCCUAUCAACAGAAGGGAUACCGUCCCUGAGGAGGGGCUCAGCCCUUGUCACCUGUUUAUCCCAUACACCCAUUUCUCUGCAGCACGGGUUUUAAACUGUUUUUUUUUUUUGCAUACUGCUAUAUAUUUCUGUCUCUCUGUUUAUCUCCCUCCCAUACCUUCCUCUCUCUUCUUUACCUGCCAUUCUUUGAAUUCCUUCAUCUUUUUCUGUCCCUACCCCAUAUCUAUGCACGCCCUCCCACCCCCCCAGGCAAAGCAGUGCACUGAGUAUCACGUCACAUAAAAGGAACCAUUGCGAAACACAGGAACCAGCUUCAGCUUGCCCCUGGUUACUCAAGCGAACAAGAGUCGAUGGCACUUGUCCGAGCCUCUAGAAGAGGAAAACGGGAACCCUCCAAACCAGCCAGCCAACCAAACAAAGGAAUGUUCCAGAAAGAAAGAAUGUACUUUGUCUUUCUACAUUGUGGUAUAUAAGCCAUCAACAUUUAGUGAAAUUAUUUCUUCCUUUAAAAAUUGAAAAUGCAGGAAAAUAGCAAUUUAUACAAGGUUGUUGGCCCAGGGCGUUAAAUUCACAGAUUUUUUUUUAAAAAAUGAGAAAAACACACAAAUAAAGCUACCUCAGGUGUUUUUUUUACCUCAGCACCUCGCUCUUGUGUUUCCCUUAGAGAUUUUGUAAAACUGAUAGUUGGAGCAUUUUUUAUUUUUGUAAUAAAAAUGAGUUGGAAAAGAAAAAGCUUUCAACUGCCAGCCUGGAGCAGGCGGCAGCCCAAGUGUGUGGCUACCGGGCUGGCUCGUCUUCCGCUGGCCAAAAGCCUGCGUGGCCUUCUUGUGGACACAUCUAAAAAUGUUUAUUUUUUAAAAAUGACAAAAACAGAGAGAGAAUAUUGGAGCCGUCCUGAAUUUCAAUAGGGUGCGUGCCAUGAGGGCUUUUGCGCUGAAGGAUGACCACGGCCUGGUUAUGUGAAGAAGCCAAGAAAGACACCACCAGACUGCAAUGCCGGUUUCCUCUACUGCAAACAGUGUUCUUUGACAAAAAAAAAGAAAAAAAAGAAAAAGAAAAA